AUGUCAGAGUUAAUUGAUGCAGCUGAGCGUGGAGAUGUGAAUGGCGUUAUGCAGCAUAUUGACCAAGUAGGAAGAAGGACUCCAGGUGGAAAAACUGCAUUGAUGUGUGCUGCAGCCAAUAAUCACCCCGGCUGUGUUGAGAUUCUGGUAAGCAAGGAAGCCUGCUUCCAGGAUGCAGAGGGGUGGACAGCUCUUAUUUACGCUGUGAUGAACAACUACAUUGACUGUGCCAAAUUGCUACUUGUGGAGACGGGCCUAACAAUGGCCAAUCGAUGGGACCAGUUUUCAUCUGGAACGACGGCUCUUAUGGUUGCUGCAACCUAUGGAUAUGAUGAGCUAGUCCGUAUCUUAAUGGCCUAUGAGGCAGGAAUGAUAGACUCCUCUGACUCAACUGCGCUAAUCUAUGCAAUAAGAGAAGGAUAUGUAGUCUCCCCUGGGCACAUGCGGUCGAUUGAACUGCUUGCUGAGCUAGAACAUGGCAUCAAAGGAGGGUGUGGAAUGACGGCCCUUAUGCAUGCAGCCAUGUAUAAUCGUCCCACAGCAAUCCGGUUCUUACGAACUCGCGAGAAUUCUUUCAGAAAUGACGAGGGGUGGACCGCGUUGAUGUAUGCAACUUAUUCUAAUAAUAUAGACUGCGUGCGCCUUUUGCUUUGCGAAGCUGGUGCACAAACGUCAUCCGAUUGGGACUUCUAUAAACCCGGAACAACAGCCCUCAUGAUUGCAGCCUCGCGAGGCCUGACACAUAUAGUUCACUUACUAAAACCAUAUGAGCAGGGAUUGCAGGAUACGGCUGGCCACACUGCGUCUUGGCAUGCACAGUACAGUGCGCAUAAUACUCAAGACGAAGAGGUUUCGGAAGGCCACUUACAUGUUCUGUCUUUACUUGGAGAUGAACUAGGCGACAGGAUUCCUCCUCCUUCACCGGACGGGUUAACUCUCUUUGAAGCUGCCAUCUCUGGCUCUAUCGAUCUUGUUCAGAGCAGAAUUGAUGAGGCAGGGCAGCAGGAUCUCUCUGGUUGUACUGCUUUAAUGAGGAGCGCACACUAUGGUUACACUGCAAUCGUCUCUCUCCUAUUAAAUAAAGAGCAGAGACUUCAGGACUGUGAUGGGCUUACUGCACUCCACUAUGCAGUCUUAGCCGAUAACAAGGCCUGCGCAAAGCUUCUUACCUCUGAACUUGAUAUCCGAGAUAAGACUUACCGAACACCCCUUGAUUUUGGUGUGCUGCAUCGGCGUGAUGACCUUGUUAUGAGCCUGCUCGAUGACCUGAAAGAAGCUGAUGAAGCUCCUCUGGACACUGCACUUCGAUUGGACCAUACGUACUGUGCCGCAUUCCUGCUUGCUAAGCGUGCAAAGCUCAAUUAUACACAUGGAUAUACAAUGCUCAUGGUUGGGGCGGUAAUGCGCGACGAGGUGCUUCUUUCCCGGUUUAUUUACCAGCGAGGAAUGCGUGAUAGUAACGGGUGGACGGCGCUUAUGCACGUGGCUCUUUCAGGUCACACAGACUACCUAGGUUACUUCUUUGCAGAAGAAGCCGGUCUUCAGUCUACAGAGCGUCUUCAUUUUAGACGGCCAUAUUGGAAGGGGACAACGGCGCUUAUGAUUGCCAGUGCAAUGGGGCAUAGCGACAUUGCCGAAAAGCUCGCUGAGGUUGAACUGGGCUAUCUAAAUCAGUCCAAAGAGACAGCUUUAAUGCAUGCAUCUGAAGCCAACAAAAUCAAUUGUGCAAGGCUUCUUUUAAAGGAAGCAGGUCGUCGAGACCACAAUGGCCAAACAGCCCUUAUGAAAGCAGCUAGAAAGGGUAACAUAAAGAUUAUCGAUUUAUUGAUAACUCUAGAAGGGAAGAUACAGGACCAGAAUGGUCAGACCUCCCUGAUGCAUGCUGCCAGCAAAGGGCAUAUUAAUGCUAUUAAACAUCUAACAACAGAGAUUGGCGUGUGUGAUAAUACUGGCUGGACAGCGCUGAUGUAUGCGGCCUUAAAUGGGCAUGAUAAAGCUGUCAAUUACCUGUCUUCUGAAGUGGGUAUGAAGUCGACAGAUUACUGCAUGAUGCAUCCGUCGGGAACCACUGCUCUGAUGAUAGCAGCUGCAGCAGGCAAGGACUGCAUCAUAGAGAAAUUGGUGGCAUCUGAAUCCGGCAUGUUUGACUCAAAUGGCAACUGCGCUCUAUUCCUCGCACUAAAGCACGGUCAUCGCAAAUGCUCUCUCUUAUUGCUGUCAGAAGCAUGCAUCUCUGACCCCAGUGGGAAGUUAUGUUUCACUAAACUACGAGAGUUCUAUCAGAUGAAUCAAGACACUGAAGAAGCGUUUGCAGCCUGCUACGAGAGUAUUAGAGAUGAUCUCACAAACACAGUGUUCCUCUCAAUAACACGCAAAUUCUCAACUCGCUUGUUAGCUGCGCUUCUUUCACAUAGAGAAUAUCAGGAGCUAUCCUGUGCAUUCCCAGGCUUCCUGGAGCUACUUUGGGCCGCUAUCUUAGGCGAGUCCGAAAAUUCUCUCGAUGAGCUCGACGACCACUUCUAUAAGCUGGAAGAAUCUCACUCGGAGAAUGCGUGCAUAGUGUGCAUGUCUCGUCAACCCGACUGUGUGCUCUUACCUUGUCGACACCUGGUUAUCUGCUCGUUUUGUACUGAUAAGAUAUACACCGUAGAAUCUAUCUGGAAAUGUCCCUAUUGCCGAGCUCUUAUUGAAAACAUGUUUGUAUUACAAGAAUCUGAUUUAUAG